AUGCGCAACCAAAGUUCUGACCCAAACUACAGAUCCACACCGGAGCCCCCGGCCGUACCGCCUCAUACAUCUACCAUAACCCGCUCGAGCUACUACGCCGAUGCCGUCGUACCGCCGCCUCAUACAUCUACUAUAACCCGCUCAAGCUACUACGCCGAUGCCUAUGUCCCCCGCACAUUCGAUGCGCCGAUAAGAACUUCCCGCCGCAGGAAUUACCCGCCUCCCCCAACCUGUGAAGAUGAGACAGAAUCACUUCUCAAAGAACACGGCAGCGUCGUGUCGGCGUCAGACGAUGAGCCUCCUUCACGAGGAGACGCCGAACAACACCCCAUCAUUAUGGAGGUACAUGAGUACAACCCUGAACGCCGUUUCGUGAUCAUCCCGAAAUCCGACAGUGAGGGAGGAGACGGAGACUCCUCGUCAGACGACGCAAAAUCGCGUUCCUCCGGCGGCUCGCGUUCUGCCAAGACAAGACUCAACGAAGAUUAUGGCGCGAACACAUCAAGGAAAUAUUAUGCGCCGCGAGUUGAUGACCCAGACACCGCCAAACGGCCAGGCAUUGAGAAGAGAAAGAGCAGACAGGACUUGCCCAAGAUCGAGACCGACAUCAAAGAAGAGGAGCCGCGUGUUCGGAGACACGAGCGAACGAAGUCAGGCACUCGUGCAGAACAGAAAGCCGACUACUUCUCUGCCCAGUACGACAAGCGGCAACCGAACGAGACAUUGCUAUCCCCCAAGGUCAUCAAGCACGCAACAGGCGGUCGAGAAAAGGUCUACUACGAUUACUCCCAGGCCGGUCGAAACGGUGUACCGCGGCCCCAACGAAGUUAUUCGAACCUCGCAGACCAAAGGCGGUUCGACGAUAAUUAUGGAAGGCAAUCGUCGUCGAAUCCCCCACCAGCUAGGCGCUCGAACACGAACUUUGAUUCUCCCAAGGAGCCCAGGCAGUCUUCCGGGGACAGAGUCCCUGAGACUCCUCGUCACCAGCGUGAACGCAUCGUACCCCGUGGUGAGCGACCAGAGAAGAAAGAUCCCACCACGCCGUACGAUCGAUCGGAGCAGGACAGAGAGCGCGACCGAGAUCGCGAACGGGACCGUGAGCGAGAACGGGAUCGUGACCGUGAGCGUGAGACGAAACGGACUCCAACCUACAAGCGCGACUCGCCACGUCGACGGGAUGACAGCGGCUCCAGCAGCAGCGAUUAUUCGCACACCCCCCGGACGGCCAAUGCCCGAAGGAGAAGGUCAAUUGUGAACCAGGAGGGCAGAGAGAGCAGAGAUGUUCUAUUGAGCCCCGAGCAGACCCGGCCGUCUCAAUCCGGCAGAUCUAGGUCUCGUGCGCCAGCUGAAAUUGUCAACCCAUCCCCGCGGGUAUCAACCAAGUCUUUCGGCGAGGAUCUCCCUCCUCCACCUCGCGUCUCGGCAACUUUUCCUAUCAUCAAAGACCCGAGGGAGAGUGGUGAUGUGCGGGAGAAGCCCACUACACCGUAUCCUGAGGAUGAUAUCCUGCCUAGCACGAGCCGUCUCAGCGCUCGCGAGCCUGAACGUGUAUCUAGAGCUCGCUCGCGCUCUCGUGCAUCUACUUUCAACAACACCGUAGUGAUGCCAGCAGUCAUGCCGCCCAUGCCUGUUCCUGCUGGACCACGAAGCCCAAAUGAGAAGAGGAGAUCGCCCGAAAGAAGACCUAUCACGCAACCUGCUGCGAUAGUCUCACAAGCAGAUGCAUGGCCACCGGCCAGGUUCGAUCCUACAAAGAGCGCGCUUGCCCUUGAUGGACCAAGAGGCAGCUAUCGGCGGUACUCGCAUGACGCCGACAGAGGGGGCGUGCCUGACUUUCCUGAGUGCCCUCGAAAAAACGGCGUUGUUGGUUGCGCCGACUGGCUUAGUCUGCCACGUUGCGACAACUUCAACAUCUGCCCUGACUGCUACAACGGAGUUUUUCUGAACACGGAAUUCCGCAAUGACUUCAUGCCCAUGCUGUUUCGGCCAAUGGACAAGCCAAUUGCUUGUGAUUUUGGCUCGAUUGGGUGGUACCACAUUGCGUGGCUCCUUACAUUGAAAAACCGACAUACAGACUUGCGCCUUUUCUACCAGGUCGCCAAUGUCGCCAGCAAGGUGACUAGCAGCAGUCCCUGUCCCGGAGAUCGUCGCGUCACGCGCGUCUGGUAUUCCCUCAAGAACCCAUAUACGCAGACGACCAUGCCGGAUUUCACCGUCUGUCACGAGUGUGCCAAAACAGUCGAGGGACUGUUACCCAAUCUGCUAGGCGUGUUUGUCACUUUGCACCCUUCAGCGCAGCCGACCCGGAGCACUUGUGCAAUGCACUACAAUCCUGAUCGGAAGCGUUUCGUGAUGUACUUUGACGCAUUGGAGACCACGUCAGAUGUGGCUCUCGCUACAGCACAGCCGCCAAACAUUGCCAAGCUUGUGAGCGAUAUCGAGAGUCUAUCGGUUUUCACUGAGUGCUGCAAGGACAACCCAGUUUUUGACCAAAAUUGGCACAUCAUGCAGUACCUCCCGCAGUUCACCGUAUGCGGUGACUGCUUUGACGAGGUGGUGGCACCUCAAUUGAAAGAAGGCAACGUCAUUGCGCGGAACUUCUACGUGAAGCCCCAACGCCUCGAGGAUGCAACGUGCCAGCUGUACUCGGCUCGAAUGAGAGCCGUAUUUGACAAGGCUUGCCGCCGUAACGAUCCAAAGUACCUUGAGGUCAAGGUACUCGAGCGGCAGAAGAUGUUCGUCGAGACAUACAAACGAUUGUCCAAGCUGGAGCAGGAGAGGUCCCUCUGGGCAAGGGAAGAAAGCAAGAAGCUGCUACAGGAAUGGGAAAAAUGGGAAUGA